AUGGUCGAAAUUAAACAACAACAACAACAAUCAUUGCCAACCUCUCCUCUCAAAAUCAUGAUCUGUUCAGGAGAGAAUGACGAUUUGGGACAUCAAUUGGCAGAGACUCUCGUCAAGAGAGGAGCCAAAGUCACUCUCUUGGUUCAUCCCAAUCACACUUCCUCCAACUAUGUGAAACAUCUCACAGAGACCAUUGGAUGCGAAUUUGUUCUUGGUGGAGCCAUGGAAGAUGAACCUCUCGAAUUGGUGAAAAAGCUUCAUGGUCAGAAUGUGAUCAUUUCUGCCUCUCUUCGAAACUCAUUGUUACAUCCCAUGGUACAAUACAAAACUGAUAUUAAUUUGUUGAAAACUUGCCACUUGUAUGCCUUGCAACCCAACAGUGAUUUUCGUUGUUUCAUUCCAUGUCAAUGGUCCUUUGAUUUUACCAAAUUCACCACUCCCGUAGUAAAGCAAGAAGAAGUUGAAUGGAAUUGGAUUGAAUGUAAGAAGGGAUUCUUGCAAAUGUUGAGAGCAGACAAUGGUGGAGUUCCCUAUAUGAGUUUCUUCACUGGAUUUCCAAUGGACUUUUUAAUUGAGUUUCUUGUGGAUUCUGUGAAUAAGCAAAUCAAGUGUUAUGGAGAAGAUUGGAAUGAUUAUCAAAUAGUGUGCACCUCCAUCAAUGAUAUUUGUCAAUUGGCUUCAGAGAAAAUUCUCCAUAUCAAUCCAUUGAGUUCCUUCUCUACUCAGGAAUUUACCUUUUAUGGAGAAUGUUGUUCUUUGAAACAAAUUGCACAACAUUUGAAUUACAAAUUGACUCUAUUAGGUUCAGUCGAUGAUUGUACCCGUAAAAUUACAAAUUUAAGGGACAAGAUCCUUCAAUGCGAUCAUCAUGGAUGUGAAAAGGAAAAGUAUGAAUUGGCUUGUCUCUUGAUCAUGCAAUUCAUUGCGAGUGGAAAUUUUAAGAAUUACACCUUCUCUCCUCAACCAGGGUACACUGUGACGGGUCCAACGAGUCAUUUAGGUGGUCCCAUGAUCAUGGAGAAAAAGUAUGAAUUUGAUCGAUUGGAGAACUUGGUGAACAAGAUUGGUUCUUCUUCAAGUCAAGUAAAAGGAUUGACCCCGAACCAAUAA